AUGAUGGGUUUCCUGGAGGAGCAGCUGACGAGGGCCAGGGCCAUCAAGGAGCGUCUUGGUGUCCCCGGCCAUCUGGCAGUGCCAGCUGACCAAGUUGCAGAUCAAUUGAACACGUAUGACCACGAGAUUGAGAAGGGUGACAGGCUGCUGAAAAAGCACCAGCACUUUGAACUCAACAAGUUCUACAGGAUCGAGCAAGCUCGGCGAGCUGUGCAAGACAUCUGUCGCACGCUCCUGGGCUGCCUUGGGAGGUUGGGCGUGAAAACGUCUGGGACCAGCACAGAUCUGAAGCGUUACAUACCUCAAAAACUGGUGGAUGGGGACAAGCAGCACAUGUACAUGCUCCUGGCCUACGUGCUCAAGGGCCAGACUCUAUCCCCAGAGCUGAGGCAGAACUGGGAGGAGGUGAAAGCUGACCAUGAGAAGGCGCUGAAGGGCCUGCAGGUGAUCGACGACGAGGAGCUCCAGAUCGGGGAGAAGAUCGCUAAGGGCGGCUACGGCAGGGUGUACCAGGCAGAGUGGCAGGGCAAGCCAGUGGCCAUCAAGGACGUCGCACAGCUCGACCAUGAGCUCAGCCUCGAGGACGUCGUGCCAGUCCGCCGCGAGCUCAGCCUCGAGGACUUUGCUGCCUUCUUCAAGGAGGCCUCCAUCCAGGCAUCCCUAACCUUCGAUCACGUCACCCCGCUCUAUGCAAUCACCAAGUCUGGCAGGAUGGUCAUGGAGCUGGCCAGCUGCGACCUGACCUCCCUGAGCCAGCAAGGGCAGCUGCCAUGGCCCGCAAAGCGCCGCAUCCUGCACGAGGCAGCCCUGGGUCUAAAGCACCUGCACUCGCGCUCCCCCCCGCUUAUCCACCGAGACGUUAAAAGCUCAAAUUUCCUGAUUUUCGGGAACGAUCCAGACACGUGGACUGUGAAGGUCACGGACUUUGGCCUGACGGGGGAGUGCACCAAGAGUGUGAACCAGACAGUGCGUGGCGAAAUGGGCACGCUGGAGUGGAUGGCCCCUGAAGUGUACAUCAAGAAGCCACUGACGCUCGCGUCGGACGUGUUCAGCCUGGGGGUGGUGAUGUACGAGGUCAUCACAGGGCGGCACCCGUACGGAGUGCAGGGCCGUGACGCCAAGGCGGUAGAGGUGGCGGUGAUGCAUGACAAGCUGUUGGGAAAGGAGCCCGCGGAGGUGCAGGAAGGGCAGUGCCCACAAGAGAUGCUGGACCUGAUGCAGAGGUGCAUCGUGUGCGAUGUAGAAACCAGGCCCACCAUUGACGAGAUAUGCGAAGCAUUGGCGUGCAUGGGCUGA